AUCUGAGUGUUGAGUGACUGAAAAGACAUCGUAGGCUGACUGAUCGCGUGCGGCGGAAGUUCAUCCCAUCUGAAGAACUCCGCACCCGCAAAUAUUUCUUGCCCGACAGCACGCAACCUCCAGCUCACACUGGGCUCCCUGGAGUCCAUUUUACCAGUUUAAAACUCAGGAACUAACAACAGAGACUCAUUUCACACCUCAAGGAAGAACCCGAUCCCACGGCAUCCAAGUCUGAAGAGCCCACGACGAGAGGGGGCGCCGACAAAAAUGACUCGACAGACUUCUACGACCCCAGACUUCUACGAGAUCCUAAACCUCCCCUUCCCAGGCCCCUCAACAACCCCAUUCUCGAAACAGCAACUUAAAAUCGCCUACCACAAAGCGCUCCUGAAAUACCACCCGGAUAAAGCGCCGAGCGCGAACGCAAUCGCACAGGAACAAGCCACCACCACCUCCUCCUUCCCUCUCCCUUCCUCCGACGAUUACGAACCCUCACGCACUGGGAACAAACCCAUCACAGUUGAUGAGAUCACAACCGCAUACAAGACGCUCUCGGAUGCUACGUUACGCGCCGAAUAUGACCGUUCUCUCCGACUAGACCGGGGUCGAAUGGCGGGGCGAGAGAAGAAUGGCGGCGCGGUUUUCCAUACGGGGUUGGAGGUUGUUGAUCUUGAGGAUCUUGCGUGCGAUGAGGACUCUAAUCCUGAGGGAGGCGAUAUCUGGUAUCGGGGUUGUAGGUGUGGUGACGAACGGGGGUUUUCUGUGUCCGAGAGGGAUCUGGAAAGGGAAGCGGAGCAUGGGGAGAUUGUUGUUGGGUGUCGCGGGUGUAGUCUUUGGAUGAAGGUGCUGUUUGCAGUGGAGGAUGAUGAUUAUGAUAAUGGAAAUGAUAAUGGGAAUGGGCAGAAGACGUGAUGGGGGGAGAGACUUGAUUGCCUUUGUUGCUGUUUCUUCUCGUCCAUCGAGACCCCCGUACACUCGGGGUCAAAAUCGCGGUCGAGGUGCGACCACCGGGUUUGUCCGUGAUUGUCCGUGGUUGUCCCAUCUCAAAUGGACUGUGAGCCUCACGUCUGUUUCUGAGAACAGAUCGACUCGAGGUCCGGUAUUGCCAUUGCGUCCGCAGAAGGGCAACGUAUGGAAUACUCGACUCGACAUCUCCAACCCGGCUUCCCAUAGGAGAACUAUCUGCAGAACAGAGCGCCACUGAUCCAACAAAGUGGCGAGGGCUGGAAUUUUUUCCUGUA